CCGUACACCGGAAGUAGCCAUAGCUCGCACAACAACAGGUCAGUCGCGAGUCAUGCAAAACGAAAUUAUAUAUGUUCCGAGGCAUAAAGGGAGAUAAGAGAUGAGUGGGAGUACUGGUAUUACAUGUGAACAUCUGAAGGAAAAGCUGACAACAGCAAUUGGUGCAACAAAUGUCGAUAUAACAGAUGUGUCCGAUGGAUGUGGAGCCAAAUUCGAUGCUGUGAUUGUGUCACCUCAGUUUGAAGGCAAAAAGCUGCUUGCCAGACAUAGAUUAGUGAACAAUGCUCUGGAAGAUGAGAUGAAUAUCAUUCAUGCUUUCACCAUGAAGACUUACACACCAGAUGAGCAACGGAACAAAAUCAAUGACAAUAAAUGAAAAACUUUUUAAAACUUCGCUCAACAAAUUAAAACUGACUUUGCAAAAUGUGGAGAUCUCUUUAGAUCAGAUCGAGGGUUGGAUAAAGAGAGGUUGUAGAAAAAAUAUUGCAAAACCUUGUAAAACCUCGCCCAACAGAAGCUGCAGUGCUCUUUAUUGUAUAUCGUUAUUGUAGUUCUGUUGUCAGAGGGCAAAAAGUAUGCUGACAAAGUUGAAGACCUGAUAAACAUGUUCAAACAUUGUCAAGUGUUUAAAUAUUUUGUCAUUUGUGUAUUAAUGAUGUAUAUCUGUAGAUAUACAACACUUGUCUGAUGAAUUCUUAGUAAUUAUCUUGACUCCUUAUUGAUAUUGUAUAUCAUUAGGCUGGUUCCAUCGAUCAUGUGUCGGUGUACAAUGUUUAAAGAUUCUUUAUACCAGUAAUAAAGAACAUUUUGAAGUUUU